AUGAGAGCAGGCAGAUUGAACCCUACGCGUCUGCCAGGUCCAAAUAUUGCUCUAAACAAAGAUAUCCAGGCGUACGUCCAGGAGACUCGACAUGCAGCUGCAGGGGAUACCUGGGCAGCAAAUCCAGAGCUUCCCACCACAAAUGAAAUCUUGGGGAUCGACGAAAGCGAUGGCUCCUCAGGAAGCAAUAUUGUCGAUUUGGUCCCGAACAACAUAGACGGGCCAUGGCUGUCAACAGAGAUGUAUCUGAGGGCUCAUUACAAUCUCCUCAGAGAAAAUGCAGUUGCUCCGCUGAGGGAUGCGGUGGCUUAUGUGAAAGGCCAACCACGCAUGAAAGAUUCCCUAGAUGUCUGCAUCUAUGAAAAAGUAUAUAUCGUUGGGAUAACUUGCGGAGACGCGGGAAUAGCUGUAAAGCUUACAUUUUCCACCGCUCGUGCUGGAAAGAAUAUUGUAUGGGAAUAUUCACCAAGGCUAACCACCGGCACCAUCGUCGCACUGACCCCGGCAAAUGACAUGUUCAAAUCAAAAUGCAUUGUCGCUGUUGUUGCUGCUAGGCCUCUGGACGGCUUGAAAAAGAAUCCAGCGGAAAUAGAUAUAUUCUAUACACGAGCUGAGGAUGCAGAGUUUGACCCCCAACUGGAGUUUGUGAUGAUAGAAGCUAGAAGCGGCUAUUAUGAGGCAUCGCGGCAUACAUUAACCGCGUUGCAGAAAAUGGCAAGGGAAGGCUUCCCCUUCUCGGAAUACUUGUGUGGUCUUCAGCCUAAUAUUGAACCCCCCGAGUACAUCAAGCUGAAUCCGUUCAUUGACAUGUCUGCUAUCGGUGAAGAGGGUGAAAAAGUGGAUGUUCUUAACAACUGGCCACCUCCUCCUGAGUCUCUGGAUUCUUCUCAGUGGAAUGCGCUACGCCAAAUUCUCACGAAAAGAUUGGCUAUCGUACAAGGUCCGCCGGGAACCGGCAAAACUCAUGUCUCCGUCAUUGCAUUGAGGUUGCUCCUUGCAACCAUACCCUUCACUGAUCCACCCAUUAUCAUCGCGGCUCAGACAAAUCACGCACUGGACCAGUUGCUUCGCCAUGUUGCGUUGUUCGAAAUGAAUUAUGUUCGGCUUGGUGGAAGGAGCACGGAUAUGGACAUAAAGAAGCGGACUAUCUUCGAGUUAAGGAAAGCCAACCCUAUUCCAACAAUCCCAGGCGGGUUAUUCGGUCCAUCCAAGAAACGGCUAAAGGAGCUGGCCGAGAACAUCUUCAAACUCCUCGAGCCGUUUGCCCCAGGCAACUCUAAGUCGCCGAUACCGGCCGCACAACUGCUCAAAUUGAAUAUCAUUUCUCAAUUGCAGUAUGAUUUGCUGGUCAAAGGGGCUGAGGGGUGGGUUCAUGGGGGUGAUCAGGUGGAACCUCUUUCUGCCUGGCUCGGAGAUAGAAAAGUCAAAUUCGAAGUAGUUUACCAAGCGAACAACUUUGGUUUUGUUGAGGAUGACAUCGAUCUUGAAUACGAGCAGCUCAAGGAACUGGAAAUGGAACAAGGUCUUGAUGAGGAAGACUCCGAAUAUUUGAGGGGUCCAUAUAUGUCGUUAAUGGAGCAAGUUAGAGGACACAGCCUUUCCGCAGCAGCAGCAGAGGCUUUGCGAGCCCGGUAUUUAGAGUACGACGAUCUCUGGAAAGUUCCUUCGCGCGACCGUGGGGGAGUUUAUUCGAUAUUUCAAAAACUUGCGAAGGCAGCCAUUCGAGCCUUGUUUCGUUCCUUUGCGAAGAGAUACGAAAUGGCCACUGAGAAUCUUAAAACUGGGAAGUGGGAGUUAAAUUCGACAAUUAUUCAAUCUGCAAGGGUUGUGGGCAUGACGACAACCGGCCUAAGCAAAUAUCGCGCCCUUAUUUCGAGCGUAAAGCCAAAGAUAAUUAUGAUUGAAGAGGCAGCUGAGGUGAUAGAAGCCCCCAUUACCGCAGCAUGUGUAAAGUCAUUGGAACAUCUUAUCCUCAUUGGGGACCAUAAACAACUUCAGGGUAACUGCGCAGUUAAGGAGCUCGAAGGAGAGCCAUUUUUCCUCCAGGUGUCAUUGUUUGAACGACUUGUGCACAAUGGAAUCGACUUCAAAACCUUGACAAAGCAGCGGCGUAUGGCCCCUGAAAUCAGAAGGAUUUUGGCGCCCAUAUAUGACGAUCUAGAGGACCAUCCGGAAGCACGCAUGAUUGUCGGGUUUUUCAUUUAUCUCCACCUCAACGGAGUGCCUGUGCAAGACAUAACCAUUUUGACCUUUUACAACGGUCAACGAAAGAAAAUUCUGAAAGCUUUAAGAGACAAUAAUAUACUGCAGGGGCAGUAUCUAAAGGUAUCCACAGUCGAUUCGUAUCAAGGGGAGGAAAAUGAAAUUGUCCUGCUGUCCUUGGUCCGUAGUAAUGAGAACUCUGGAAAUAUGGGAUUCCUUGCUGUUGAAAACCGAGUGUGUGUAGCUCUGUCAAGGGCAAAACGGGGGUUUUAUAUUUUUGGAAACGCAGAGUUUCUUGCGGUGUCCAACCCGCUUUGGUGGGAGGUUGUUCAGAUUGUCAAUUGCGGCCCAAGGAGAAUCGGAUAUCGCGUUCCAAUUACCUGUGGCAACCACCAGGCUAAAACCUACAUCGCGGAGCCAGAUCACUGGUCGUUAACCAACGGAGGUUGUACUUUGAAGUGUGACCAGAAAUUGAAGUGCGGUCAUGACUGCCCGCUUCGCUGCCACGCGGUAUCGCAUUCACAGGUGAAAUGUCAGCAGCCAUGCACCGAUCUCCUCCCUUGUGGACACGGCUGUGUUGAAAUUUGCGAUUGCCCCUGCAAGUGCCAAUACGGCGAAUGCGCUGUGCUGAAUGGGUGUCUCAGAGCUGGAGAAAAUUCGUCAUCACCAACUCGAGAGAAUCCAGUUGUCACUCCAACUGGUACACGUACCGGCCCUCCAAGAGCCCCUGAUGCACAUGCAGACUUCGUCCAGAACUAUCAGGCCUAUUCUAACGGCGGAGCCAAACAGGACGACGCACGGCUUGCCUCUAAAGAACUGGCCACAAUUGAGUGUGAAAAUGUCAAGGCUCCUCCUCUCCUUCUUGGCAAUGACGCCCCCGGCUUCGACAAAUGUUCGCUCCCUAUUCUGAAGGAGAAUGCAGUUCUGCCAGUGAGAUCCACGGGCCACCACCCACCGACGCGCCAGAAAUACGUACAGUAUUACUCCCCCGGGCGGCCAUCAUCGAAUAGCCCGGAUAAAAAGGUAUAG